AUGCUGCCCCAGUACCAUGAACAUGGUGAGAAUGCAUUGCCUAUGCUGCCCCAGUACCAUGGGCAUGGGGAGAAUGCAUUGCCUGCACUACCGCAGUACCAUGAACAUGGUGAGAAUGCAUUGCAUGCACUGCCCCAGUACCAUAAGCAUGGGGAGAAUGCAUUGCCUACCCUGCCCCAGUACCAUGAACAUGGUGAGAAUGCAUUGCCUGCACUGCCCCAGUGCCCUGAGCAUGGUGAGAAUGCAUUGCCUACAUUGCCCCGGUACUAUGAACAUGUUGAGAAUGCAUUGACCUUGCUGCCGCAGUACCAUGAGAAUGGGGAGAAUGCAAUGCCUGCACUGCCCCAGUACCAUGAGCAUGGUGAGAAUAAUUUGCCUGCACUGCCCCAGUACCAUGAACAUGGUGAGGAUGCAUUGCCUACACUGCCCCAGUACCAUGAACAUGGUGAGAAUGCAUUGCCUACACUGCCCCACAACCCUGAACAUGGUGAGAAUGCAUUGCCUGCACUUCCACAGUACCAUGAACAUGGUGAGAAUGCAUUGCCUAUGCUGCCCCAGUACCAUGAACAUGGGGAGUAUGCAAUGCCUACACUUCACCAGUACCAUGAACAUGGUGAGAAUGCAUUGUCUGCAAUGCAUUGCCUGCACUGCCCCAGUACCAUGAACAUGUACCAUGGGCAUUGGGAAAAUGCAUUGCCUACACUGACCCAGUACCAUGAGCAUGGGGAGAAUGCAUUGCCUACACUGCCCCAGCACCAUGCGCAUGGUGAGAAUGCAUUACCUACGCUGCCCCAGUACCCUGAACAUGGUGAGAAUACAUUGCUUAUGCUGCCCCAGUACCAUGAACAUGGGAAGAAUGCAUUGCCUAUGCUGCCCCAGUACCGUGAACAUGGUGAGAAUGCAUUGUCUGCACUGCCCCAGUACCCUGAGCAUGGUGAGAAUGCAUUGCCUAUGCUGCCCCAGUACCAUGAACAUGGUGAGAAUGCAUUGCCUACACUGCCUAGUAAAAUGAACAUGGUGAGAAUGCAUUGCCUAUGCUGCCCCAGUACCAUGAACAUGGCGAGAAUGCAUUGCCUGCACUGCCCCAGUUCCAUGAACAUGGUGGUAUGCAUUGCCUACAAUGCCCCUGUACCAUGA